AUGGCUUACAGACGCUACGAUUCGACCGUCGUCGCCACGGCGCCCCUUGUCGAUGCAGACGCGUUUCGUGCGCCAUCAGAACGCACUGCCAUGGCAGCAUCGUCGGCAUCACCUCUCGACAAUGCGCGCGAGAAGCAUGCCUCGCGCCGUCUCCCCACCUGGUUCGCCUACCCUCUGUCCAUCAUCCUGAGCCCGGCCCUCAGCGCCCUGCUGUACAGCUUCGUGCCAGACAUCAUGGGCGCCCCGCUUGCUGCUGUGAGCCGCAGCUUGAAUGAGCCCUGGCAAAUCGGUGCUUUGCUUGCUUGGAGACUACUUGAGAUCACUCUCGGCUGGUUCUGCAGCCUUGAUCGUCAGUACACCCGUCGCUUCAUUGCCUACUCUCAAGUGCUGACCCAAUUGCUUCGACAGACNUUUGACUUUGUCCAGCUCGCCGCCAUGGCUAAUGCGCCCUAUUACACCCUCUUGUACCUCUUCUUCGGCAUCGGCUUCGAGCCUCUUGCUCUCGCCCUCGUCAUUGACAUGUUCUCCUUGUGGUUCCCCUUCUGGCUCUUGCGNCCCCUGAACUACCACAACAACCUGCGCACCCUGACACCUCCUGGUACCAUCAAGGAUCUGGCUGUCGACAAGACCAUUCAGAUGUACAUGACCGCUUUCGCUGCUUCCAUUUACUCCGCCGUUGUCUACCUCAGUCUGGCCUGGUGGUUGCCCGUCUUCUUGAUCAACACCUUUGACGAGGUCCUGACGCUUGACUUUGCUCACAAUGCCCUCUUCCCUGUUGUUUUUGCUGCAUGCUUGCCCAUUGGCUGGGCUGCCAAGGACUUCCUCUUCAGCACUUCCAUCGUCUAUGCUCGUGCAUUGCCCUCCGAGUACAAGCAGUUCGACCCCAAGACUGCCUCUUUCGCAGACACUCUCAUGUGGAACCUAGGCGUCGACCAGUACUCCACCAGAGAAAGCGUGCUGUUCAGACGCACCUUCUUGCUCGCCGCUUUCACUGCCAUCCACUCCUUCAUCAGGGUCUUUGCUACCGUCGAGGGUGCCACAAUCUACGGAGCCGCUGGUUGGUCUGCCUUGUGGAGCAUUGCUGCCCUUGCAACCGGUACAGGCUUCCUCUACAUCGGUGACGCCUGA